AUGAAGGAGGACCAACAAACGUCAUUUCAUAAAAGAAGCUUUCACUACCCCACUUAUCACGAGAUCAUGACUGAAGUCGAAAAGUUAAAAGCUGAUGUAACGAGAAUGUUAACUCGAGAGCAAUUUAUUUAUAUUUUAAAUUUGUGGUUUUUACAUCCUGAUAUAAAACAUGAAUUAAAACUCGCCUUUCAGGUUUUUGAUACAGAAAAAAGAAACUAUUUGGAGAUUGACGAAAUCAGGUCCAUAGUAAAAGAUAAUGCAGACGUAUUUGAUGAAAUUGAGACAAUGGAAUUGAUACGAGACGCUAACGUUUCUGGUAGUGGGAAUGUAUGUUAUGAAGAUUUUGUCGAAAGUAUUUUUAGAUCAGCGCCUGAAUUAUGUGAAUUAAAGGCAGACCACUUGUACGAUGAUCCGAACGAGGAUCCUUCUAUACCACCAGAUCUAGAACCAGUUGCACCUGCAGCAGUUGCAAAAAAUACACCUCUAAACGUUGAUGAUAGAAAGAGUAGAAAUUAA